CAACAUCGUCGAGUUUUUGGUCGCCUUAGGAGCAAUCUGCAUUUGGAAAACCCCGAAUUUUUCGGCGUCGGAAGACCCGCUUUUCGGGCAAUUGGACAAGACCUACAUAGCUACAUGUAGUGUUCGAUUAAUACGGAGUGUUUCGCGCGUGAACUUGCGUCUGAAGAGUGUGACAUCGGUUUAGUUGAGUUGGACAUCGGGUUUACCCGACUCGCGAACUCUUCGCUUCCUUUUUGGGCGGAAAAGCGCGAACUCGUCAAGUUCGGAUCGUUUAUCGGCAUUUAAGGCAUGGACGAGGAGGUCAUUGCCAUCGGUGAUAGUCCGUUGGACUCGUUUAAUCCGCUGAUCAUCAAUGCUGAUACAAAAAGACGUCUGGAGGCGAGUGAGGAUGUGGCCAGUAAUCCGUUCAAUAGGGCCACCGAUUCCGACAUCAUUUCGAGCAAUGCGGCUGAGAGGAGGCUCAUCGCCCUGGUGCGCAGCCAUCCGGCCUUGUACGACUCUCGGCAUCCGAAAUUCCACGACGACGGCCACCGGGAGAAGCUGUGGCAGAGGAUCGCCUGUUGUGUGGGCACGAAUCUGACCAACUGCUUGGUGGCCUGGUCGGAGCUCCGCUAUCAAUGCCAGCGCCAUGUGCGCCUCCUGCGAACCUUCCACCGCCGGGCACCCUUGCGUCGCAGACCCACUCUGCGGCACGAGGAGGAGCUGAUGUUCCUCUUUCCACACAUCGCCCGGUACCCACUGAUGGCGGAUAAGAUGCAGCCGCCCGCAGAGGUCGCCGAAAGCGGUGAACAGAACGAGGAGGCCCUGCCCGAGGUGGUGAUCGUGGAACCGCCAGUGGACAUCAUUGAUGUGGAUCUCGAGGAUGACGCCGCGCCCCAAUUCCGCUGCACUCCCGAUCAGCGGCGCCUGAUCGAGGCCGUGCGCGCCUAUCCGCAGCUGUACGAUCCCACGGCUCAGGGCUACGGGAACGCACGCCACAGGGGCCUCAUCUGGGGUGGCAUUGCCAACGAGCUGCACGACAAGGCCACCAAGCUAAUGAAGGGCUGGCUGAAGCUGCAGACGCGCUACGAAUGGGAGCUGGUCCAUCGGCCCGACCAGAGCGCCAGCUCCGAGUUCUGCCAGCUGAUGGAGUUCCUGCGCACGCAUAUCAUCCCUCUGCGCGGCACCGUGGCCAAGGCCUCCAAGUACCUGAGGACCGGCUGGCACGAGCCGAUCGAGCACUUCCGCAGCGUGAUGUCGCUGAUCAACACGAUGCGCAACAUGCCCCAACUGGUCAAGCUGACGGACGACUGCAUCAACAGCGAGGUGAAGCCGCCGUGCUACGACGAGCUCUGGAUAAAGGUGGGCGUCGAGGUGAUGAGCAGCCAUCAGCGAUGCGAGGUCACCUGGCUGGUGCUGCGCUCCUUCCACUACGAACUGCAGGCGAUGCGCGUGGCCGGCUACCAGCUGCAGGACAAGUGGUACUUCGAGAACGCCCUGAGCAGCAUCUUCAAGCUGGUGGCCGCCCGCUCGACGACCCGUCGCAGCAUCAAGCGCGCCCACAACGGCGCCGUGGCAGUGGAGCCUGCGCCGAAGAAAGCGCCUUCGCCGAAGAAACCGCCUUCGCCGCCCCGCCUUCCAUUUGCCAUUGUCUAUCCGCCCGUCCCGAAGACCAUCAGUACCAGCAUCGCCACGAAUACCGCACCCACCAUCUCGAUGGUCAGAAGGUGCUCCGUUCCGGCGCCAGUUGCUGCGCCCAUUAGUCUGCCAGCUCCCAUCAGUCCGCCCUCGUUUGUGAUCCCCAAGAUUGCGUCCGCCGUCAGCGUGGCAUCGCCCAGCAGGAUGCCGCUGAAGCUGCCGCCCUCCAUACGGAUUGCGCCAAAGGCGGCGGCCAGCUUGAACAUACCAGCCAGCAUUCAGCUGGCUGGCGCGCAUGCCCAGCCGGGAGCAGUGCGUGCGAUUCCACAGCGACCCGGCUUGCAGGUGACAAUAAGAGCCAACACGCGCAUUCCCAAUGCCACGCAGAUGCCGCCGACCACCUCUGGAACCAUAAUACGAGCGGUGCAUCCGCAAAAUGUCGGCGGACUGUCGGCACACCGGUAUCCGCAACCAUCGGCACUGGGAGCACUGCUUAGCGAGCCGCCGAUGGUGCCACAGAUUUCGAACGCAAUGCCCCAAUGCCGACCUCCGAUCAGGCCACCGGCUGCUCCACACCUACUGCCCACCAAUUUGGGACCCAAAGUGCCGAUGAACGCCAACGUUACUCCCGCAACUGCACCUCCGAUGGUUCGAAUCCACCAGCCGGGUUUGAACAGCGGUUGGAUAUCCUCGAACAAUGGUCUUUCGGCCAGCAAACCCUUGGGAUCAGUAGCGGCUAAUUCUGCGCCAGCAUCAUCUGCAGUAGCAUCAUCUGCAGUAGCAUCAUCUGCAGUAGCAUCAUCUGCAGUAGCAUCAUCUGCAGUAGCAUCAUCUGCGUUAGCUGCUGCACCUGCGAUCGCAUCAUCUUCGCUGGCAUCAUCUGCGUUAGCUGCAUCUGCGCCAGCAACAGCAACAAAUCCUUUACCAAGAGGAGAAGCAACGAACGCUAAUGCAGCGACAGCAGCCAGCAAAGGCAAUCCGAAGCAGUCAGCAGCAGAUUUACUCAGGAAGUUCCGCCCAAUUGCACCACUACCAAAGCCCGCGAUAAUAAGAAAGACAAAACCCGCAGCAGAGGCUCCGCCUCCUCCAGCAAAGAGGAGCAGUGCAGGAGCAACUGCAAGUGCAGGAGCAACUGCAAGUGCGGAAGCAGCAACUGCAAGUGCGGAAGCAGCAUCAGGCGCGAGCAGUGCAACAGCAACACCUGCAACAUCGGCGCCAUCUGCAGCAUUGCCUAAAGCAACCCCAGCGAAAUCCACAAGACUAUCGACAGAGGGCAUUGCGAAUAGAGCGACUGCGGCGACCACAUCACCAGUCAAGGAUACGGGAACGGUGAUCCAGGAAAGGGCAGUGGCCGCUGCAAAAACUGCAGCCAGUUCGCCAGCAGCAACUAAAGAUAAAGCAGCAUCGAAUGCCAAGGCACCCGAAGUAUCUCAGUCAGAAAAGGAAGCCGCGACUACCUUAAGCAGUCAGCUGGAGGAGUUCAAGAAGGAAAUUAACGUUCAUUUCGAGGAGAGCGCAACCAGUGGCAACUUGCUGCACAUUUGGGGCGGCAAACUUACUCUGCACUACAAUCUCAAUAUGGGGAAGACAGCGUCGCUCAUCCGCGAGGCGAUGGCUGUGCCCCAGAUCCACAAUAAGGAUCCCCAACUGGCCGAAAAGUGCGACGAGGCGUGGAGGGCCAUCAGCAAGAAGUUUCACAUGCCAGAGGAGGCUCUGCGUGCAGGUUGGAAUUUCCUGGCGGAGAACAUCAGUGUGUUCCCGCAGAUCGCGCCGAUGUCCGAACUGAUGCGUCCCUUCAAGAGCAGCGUGAAGGUGUGGGAGAAGUCGCACCGCUUGUUCAGCAAGUUCGACGAGAUCGCGUGCAAGUACCAGUGGAUGGACCACAAGGACGUGCUGCCGGAUGUGAUUCGGCACUUCAAGCAGCACGAACACCUCUACUGGGAGCUGCGCAAGGCGCGACCUGGCGAGACGGCGUCAGUUCCGAAACCGUGCAUGGAUCGGGAUCGACAGGCGGUGUGGCGCGAGGCGCGGGCGAAGUUUCCCAAUCUCAAUCAUCGGGACAUUUGGUCCAUGUUCAAGUUCGCCUUCCGCACGUACAUGGAGGAUCUGGAACGCGGCAUCGAGAAUCCCUGGCCGCAGAGCUGGUGGCAGGCGCUCGAGCAGCUCAGGUUCCUGGCCUACGUGCGCUACCAUCCGCUGGAGCCCUACUACUACAUCGUGCACAACAAGAUCUCCGAGGAGGUGAAGCGCUGCAGCAUGUACGAGGCCCUCAUGUCCGCCGAUCCCGCGGACAAGACCCGGCCCACGCCCAUGAGCCUGUUGGCGCGACUCUCCAAGGAACCGAUGCCAUGGGAGUCGGAGGAGGCCAAGCGCCUGCUCACCGGCAAGCUGACUAAGCCGGGCAAAUAUAAAGCCACCUUUAGACGGACUGUCGCUGCCUCUGGAACUGCUGCAACUGCUACUUCUGCUCAACCUGAUCAACCAGAUCAAUCUGAUCAACCUGCUCAACCCACUGCAACUGCUGCUUCUCCUCGCUCAACCACUUCCACCACCAUAUCCGCUACAUCCACUACAUCCGCUGAUCCACCGUCUCCACCCGCUACUCCCGCUGCUCCGCUGUCUCCAUCGGUACGGGCAGCUCCUCCACCCGCUGCCGUACCAGAAAUCGCAACAGAGCCAAAGAAGCCACCAGCGGAGGAACCAUCGCCAGGCAAGCAAGCCCCAAAAGGCAUCAUCAAGAGACCGCGCAGCAGUGGCGAUGUCCAGGCGAAACGCCCACACCACAUCCUUCCCACCCUCGAGGCCUUCGAACUGACCCGCCUCCUCCGUCUCCAUCCGAACACCUUCCAGCGGGCGAGCACCAUCGACAAGCGCACCGCCUGGGUGCGCGUCUCAAAAGAAAUCAGUGCCACAGUAACCGAAUGCCGGUUGGGCCUGCAGUACGCCCUGCGCGAGAUGCGCUUCCUGAAGAUCAUGGACCCCAGGAGCCGGUGCACAAUGGGCCAGAAGUACCUGCGGCACAUGGCCGAGAUCUACAAGCAGGUGAAGCCGAGGGGCCAGCUCACCGUACGAACGCCCCAGCAGGUCAACCAAUCGCUGGCGGAGCCCGCUGAGGAAGUCGAUCCGCUGCGGUUCAAUCCCGAGAUCAACAUGGCCACGUGCAGCCCGAGCCUGGUGCUGAAGAACUGGGCCAGCGCCGCCGGAGGCUUGUCCGAAGCGGGACAGGACGAAGUUCUCGUCAAGCUGAAGCAGCUGUUCGCCAAGUACGCCGAGCAGGCCAACAUCGAUUGGACGCCGCCCUAGCUGGACAAACGCUCCACGAGCGUAACGUAGUCUUAGUUUUCUCCAUAAGGACAUUCAACGUUCCACUGACAUCCCCAUCGCGUUUUCAUAUUAUUAUAUUAUAUUAUUAUAAUUAUCAAAUAUA